UCCAGCGCGUCAUCGAGGGAAACAUGGCGGCGCACAUCAGAGGAGCUCUGACACGACUCUGUCCACAGGAGAGUGGUCGGCUCCUGCCUGCAGCCUGGCAGUUGUGUACCGAAGCAUGGCGUCAUCACCAUCACUCUGCAGGCCCCUCGCUGCGCUACAUACCCCGCAGGGCGGUUCUCUACUGCCCCGGCAAUGAUGAGCGAAAAUUGAGGAAACUAGCCUCGCUGGAUGUUGACUGCGCCGUCUUGGACUGCGAGGACGGCGUAGCCCUCAGCAAAAAGACAGAGGCGAGGGAGACCAUUCCUCGGAUGUUAGCCGAACUGGACCUGGGUCGGACAGAGAAGUGCGUGAGGGUGAACUCUGUGUCCAGCGGCUUAGCCGAGGCUGACCUGCAGGUCGUCCUGCAGGCUGAGGUUCUCCCGCCUGCCAUCAUGUUGCCCAAAGUGGAGGACGUACAGGAGGUGCAGUGGUUCGUUGACAGGUUUCAGCACAACUUGAAAGGACGGCCACUGACAGAACCCGUUCGCCUGGUCACCUUUGUGGAAACCGCUGUGGGCCUGCUCAAUUUUAAGGCGGUGUGUGAGGAAAUCCGUCGACUUGCUCCCAAGGCCGGUCUUCACCACGACGGCGUUGUGUUUGGCUCCGAUGACUUCUGCGCCAGCAUAGGUGCCACGCGGACCAAAGAUGCCAAGGAGCUCCUUUACGCGAGGCAGAAGGUGGUUGUGACCACCAAAGCGUUUGGCCUGCAGGCUAUUGACCUGGUCUACAUUGACUACAAAGAUGUGGAGGGGCUGAGGCGACAGGCCAGAGAGGGAGCUCUCAUGGGCUUCACAGGUAAGCAGGUUAUCCACCCGGGGCAGAUCCAGGCUGUGCAGGAGGAGUUCUCCCCCAGUCCAGAGAGGGUCGAGUGGGCCAAAGAGCUCAUUGCUGCUUUUGACCAACACCAGAAGGAGGGAAAGGGCGCGUUCACCUUCCGCGGCAGCAUGAUUGACAUGCCCUCGGUGAAGCAGGCGCAGAACAUCAUAACUCUCUCCGUUGUGGUGCCAGAGAAAUAACACGAGCGGUUUGAGAAGAACCUGGAGGAGCCAUACAACAAAAUCCUUACGGGGGGGCGGGGAGGUCAAAGGAGGCUGGAAAUGUUUAUGCAGCUUAUGGAGCAUGUUGCCUGACAUGAGUGGACAUUGUGGUUUUAAGUUUUUCAUUGUUAAAAUGUUUUGAUUGUUUAAAAUAUCCCUCCAGACAUUUGUGUGAAAUCUGCAGCAGCAGCAGAUAUCUGCAUCUUUGAGCCGGAGCGUCCGGGAUUGUUGCACCGUGUGGGUACUUUCUUGGCACACUCUGCACAGUGCAUGUGCGCCUGUGCUUCCCAAUCUCUCCUAGGU